ACUACCCCUACCUACUUCUCAUCUCCUCUCCUCUGAGCCCAAGAGCAAAGAUGAACAGCUCCCUGGCUGCUUUCUCCGUCUUCCUGGUUGCGGCUGUGUUCUUAUCCCAAGCUCAGGCUCAGUUUGACCCAAGCCUCUGUUGUUUCAACUACAUAAACAAACCUGUUCCACGGAAGCUCUUGAAGUCCUAUGAACACUCAAAUAUCAAGUGCUCCAUGCCAGCUAUCAUAUUUACCACACACAGAAACGUACGGAUCUGUGCAGAUCCCAGUGCACCAUGGGUUGAAGAUCGUAUAAAUCAUUUGUCCUAAACUGACAACCUCCUACCUCCUCUAACUUCACCAGGAGAAGCCUCAAGAAAGAAGCCAAGGCUUUUGGAUGCUUCAGAUGUGAAAAAAGAACACGCUCGACUCUUAUUCUGACCUUGCACACUCCUAACUUAAAUGUGUCAUUGAUGAAAGAUGAAAUAUUGUAUUCUAUUUAAAUUAUAGCCAAAUAUUUUAUGUAUUUUAUAUUAUUAUUGUCAAAAAGGAAGUUCAGUUGUUUAAAGAUUCUGUGAAAUAUUUGACAGAGAUCUAAUGUGUGAAUAAA